AUGGCGCGAAUCACGAUCGUGGGUGCAGGGAUCACUGGAAUGGCUAUCGCUAGCCUUCUGUCCCGAAACCAUGAGGUUACGAUUAUCGCAAAGAACCUCCCCGGCGACGAGUUAAGCCAGGAUUGGGCAAGUCCAUGGGCUGGGGCGGUCUUUCUCGGGCUGGAUGGAUCAAACCCGCGAGAGCAGAAGAUGCAACUGGACUCAUUUGCAGUCCUCUGGUCACUUGCAGUGUCCAACCCCGAGUCGAGUAUUCGACGGAUCGAAAUGAACGACUUCCACGAUGACAAGACAAUCGACGAGAUAUGGUACAAAGGCAAGAUGCCUGAUUUCCAGGUCAUGAAGCCGAGUGAGCUUCCUAAAGGGGUAAAGCUUGGAAUGAGCUACAGGACUGUGGUGUUGACACCUAAAAUCUUCCUACCUUGGUUGCGCCAGAGGCUUGAAGACUCUGGUGUAGUCUUCAAGAGAAUGAAUCUUAGUUCUCUUUCAGAUGCCAAGUCACAAGGUCAAGAUAUUCUCAUAAAUGCCACUGGAUACGGGUCCAAAUUCUUGGGGGAUAUCAGAGAUCAAGAUGUACAGCUGGUGCGUGGGCAAACGGUACAUGUAAAGAGCAACUACGAUAAGAUCUACAUGCGACACGGGAAGGACUAUACUUAUGCCAUCUCCAGGCUGGAUGGUACAUGUAUUCUUGGUGGCAUAAAACAGUACGGGAACACAGAUCCUGAGGUUGACAUGGACUUACAACAUGAUAUCAUCCGAAGAGUCCAUCAGGACCUCCCCGACGUAUUUCCCGCCGAAGUGUCGGAUUACGAGGUAGUUGGCCAUAAUGUCGGGAUCAGACCGGCGCGUGCAACAGGGCUUCGAGUAGAAAAGGAAAUAAUGGCAGGAGAGAAGGUCGUCCACGCAUACGGGGUUGCGGGCGGAGGAUAUGUCUUUUCGUUUGGCGUAGCAAGGGCAGCACGCGACCUUGUUGAUGAAUAUGUAUAUCAGUCACCGUUGGCGAAGUUGUAGACAUAAUUACGAAUAUGGGGUU